GUUGAGUCUAGCCUUCACACCGGAAGUGAGAGAGGAGCCAGCCAGCAGGCAAGAUGGUGGCCACCAGGAGAGGAGUACGCGUGUACUCCCCAAGUAAAACAAACCCAGAACAGCCUUCUGAUGUCCAGGCCACUCCUUCUGGUCGAAGAACCAGGCGCACUGCUAAACAAGCAGAGAGCCCUACCCAGCAUGCUCUUGUGGAGACAAGCAGCCAGCUUGAAAAAAGUCUUCCGGCAUCCCCAACUACGUCCUCGAUGAAACGAUGCACCAGAGCGUCCAGACUCCAUAGUCCAGAGCAGCCAUGCACACCUGUGGGCUCCACCCACGAAGGGGACAUAUCUGACUUGGAGUCCUGCUGCUCUGCGGUGUCUGACAUCGAACCACCAAUGACACGCACCAAGGGGAGGAGGAGAAAGCCCCGCACAGUGAGUCAGGAAGAUGUGGAUAUGUCUGAGGUGGAAUCAUGCUCUUCUGCCGUAUCUGCAUCGAAAGCUGGCCAAAGUAGCCGUCGGAGCACAAGGAGGAAGGCCGUUCCUGAAAGCUCUGACCCAGCUCACGCGAGAGGCGUUGAGGUGGACUUGGUGCUGGACACAGAGUCCUGCAGCUCUGUGGUGUCUGAAUCCCAGAGAGUCACCAGAAGUCAGAGAAAAACUGCUCGCACCAGGUCAUCUACCAAACAACAAACUGAGGACUCUGAGCUCUCAGAUGCUGACAGCUGUGCAUCCAGUGUCUCCGAAGCUGGAGCUUCCACCAUCCGCAGAUCUACAAGAUCCAGAAAGCAAACCGGUCCCAUACCCAUCCAUCUUGAUGAAGCCUCGGAAAGCUCUCUCUCUCCUACCCCUUCCUCUCGAAGGAGCCGGGCAGCAAGAGCGGUGGCAGCAGCUGCUGUAGACGUCAGCGAGCCCCUGUCUUGUGAUUCUGAAGGGUUUGAGUCCGGCCCCACUUACAGUAGGAUGACUCGAAGACGGGGAAAGACCCAGUCCACAGGUCACAAAGCCGUGGACUCGGACUCUGAGCUGACCGACAUGCAUUCCCUGAUUGGCAGCCCCUGCUCCACCCGCAGCAGGGGGACUCCGUGCAGCAGCCGCACAGGCUCAGGGAACAGCAGUCGAGGUGAUCAGGUCUCCAGGCGCUCAGUCAAGGAGCUUAGUGUCGUUUUAGAAAAAGCUGUGGAGCCAGCUGAGGUAGACACUUCAUUAGACAAUUCUAGGUUAGAAAGUACGGUAAUCGAUGAGGACGCAGACUGCACAUUGGUGGAGGAAGAGAAGAGCCAAACACUGGAAGAGAAAGAAGGUCUGAGUAGUGCUGAUCUCACAUCAAAUGAGAGAGACACAGUAAGAGUGGAAAGGGGACUAACUGCCAUUCGAGGUGAAAUGUCUUCCCUAGUAUCGGACAGUCCUGGUUGUGCUGAAGAAGCGGUUAGUAAACUUGCAGUGACUGUCAGACACCAGCGGGAGGAGCCGUGUGCUGGAAAUAAGGGACACAGGGACACCUCGGAGAUGGAAAUGAUGCAGGAAACAAUCGUGCCAUCUGAGUCGUCAAAGCCUUGCCAAUCAGUUACAGUAUUAUGUGAGAUGAGUUCUGAAAUCACAGAGGAGACCGAGGAGAAGGAGGAAGCUAUGGAAGUAGCUCAGGUGGACACCCGCCCGUCGCAGGGACAUGAGGCUGUGGAUGCUGUUGUGGAACCCCGGCCUAGUGAGGAGGAAAAAAUGGAAGUCAGCUCUUUGAAUGGAGAUGCUCAGCAGGUGGUUGAGCUCCAUGUUGAGUCCGUUCAGGUAACAUCCAACCAGCCGCACAAGAUCACAGUGGAGUCUGGCCCUGAACGCCAGCCUAAAGACGUCAUUGUCCAGAAUACGAAAACAAUCAGCCUGCUGGAGAGCAGCGAGGAUGAAGAUGAAUCUGCUGACGAGGAGGAGAGGGAUGUUUCUGGAGAAGAGGAAGAGGAUUUGGGGUACAGUGCCGAGGAGAGAGCAGGACCUUCAAGUAAGUCUGGAGCAGCAGGUACAUCCGUUGAAGGACUGUUUAUGAUUGACACACGACCCGGAGAGGACGCUGAUGAACACUACUACAAGGAGAAGCCAACAGAGGAGGAGGAAAAAGCCACAGGGGAUGAGCGAGCUGAGCAGGAGGAGCAAGACGAGGAAUUUGUGGACGAGGAGGGGGAUGAUGACGACGAUGAAGAUGCAAAUAUCCUCUUCUCGAGUAGGAAUCCUCUGCUGAAAGAGAUGUCCAGCCGUAUUGACCCUGGCAUCAGACUGAAGGAGCUUGGAGGUUUAUACAUCAAUUUUGACGGCAGCAAAUCAAAACCUGUCUCCAGUUCGCUGCAAAAACUAAAGGAAAAGAAGAUCCAAGAUGAGGUGAUGAAGAAGAGCGUGAUUGGACCAGACUUUGAAAAGAAGGAUGCAGUGCCUCCGUACAGUGAAUCUAAACAAGCCUUAAAGUUGAAACACAGAGCAGAAAAGGAGAAAUCAACAGGGGAUGGUUGGUUUAAUAUGAAAGCCCCUGAGAUCUCUCAGGAACUGAAAGGAGACCUCAAAGUCCUGAAGAUGAGAGGCUCCAUGGAUCCCAAGAGGUUCUACAAAAAGAAUGACAGAGAUGGGUUUCCCAAGUAUUUUCAGGUUGGCACAGUGGUGGACAGCGCAGUUGACUUCUAUCAUUCCCGCAUUCCCAAUAAGGACAGGAAAAGAACCAUGGUGGAGGAACUGCUGGCCGAUGCUGAAUUCAGGCACAACAACAAAAAGAAGUACCAGCACAUUGUGACGGAGAAAGCAGCACAAGGAGCCGGCAAGAGGAACAAGAAAAAGAAGAAAUUCCAUAAAAAGUAAAUCUGAAGACCUGUAGUGAUUAACACUGAUUUUUGUAGAUGCUGAUAUUCGCAACUUUAGCUCUUCAGCAGGAGGGUUGUUGUGGUUGAAAGUUGGAGCAUAAACACGACUACAUGAAACGUUAGUGAAUCCUGCUCAUUCAAGACCCUUCAUCUCUAAAGAUGUUUAGAUGUCUGUACAUGAAGAAGCUGACUGUAUUUAAAAAACAAAAAAACAAAACAAAAAAAAAACAUGAUACAAGUCAAGUUGAUUUGGUAAGCAUAUUAAAAAUACUUUGUACAGUGACUAUAAAAAUGUAUACAUGCUUAUAUUUACAACAGAAACUAACAUUUUUAAUCAAAUGGACCUAUUUUAAAAACAUUUGUUUGUGCGAAGUAAUCAGUGAUUCAUGUCGUGCAUCAAAUGAAAAUUUUCUUUUGACUGGCACCAAUUUUUUAUUAAACGCAUCACAUUCAGAGAAAGAGGGUUUGUCCUGCAAUGCGUCCUGUACCAUCACCAUUGAUGUACUGUCAACAUUUUAAAUACAUGUAGCUCACAUUAAAAAAAGUUACAUCCCCA